AUGGACAAGUUCUUCGAGGAUGUGGAGGGCGUGAAAGAGGACAUGAGAAGCGUGGAGAUGCUGUACAGAAAGCUGCAAGAGGUGAACGAGGAGAGCAAAAUGGCGAAGGCGAUGAAGGAGAUUCGGGCGCGCAUGGAUAAGGACGUGGAGCUGGUGCUGAAGCGCGUGAAGGUGGUAAAGGGGAAGCUGGAGGCGCUGGAGCGGUCGAACGCGGCGAACCGAAGCUUGCCGGGGUGCGGGCCGGGGUCGUCGACGGACCGGACGAGGACGUCGGUGGUGAGCGGGUUGGGGAAGAAGCUGAAGGACAUAAUGGCUGAUGCGUGA